UAAAUAGAAACAAUUACUUAUUGAUUCGUUUUCCCUCUCAACAAAUCCUAUCGGAGAGUUAAUUACACCUUCACCUGCAAUUGAGUAAUUAACUCUCCUGUAAAAAUAUUAUACCCUCUUUUGUUUCUUUUCCAUUUAGAAAAAUGGAGCUUCGUCAACGGGAAUUACUAGCUCCGUUUCCCAUAUUCAUCGCCAUUACGUUAUUCCUCCUUCAGCUCUGUGCCGCGACGUCCCAAAUCAAUCACAGCGAGUCGUCUAAACAAACCUCCGUCAGCUCUCCGUCAGCGCCAAAUUCACGAUUUCUGUCUUCAUCAGCUCUGUCGUUAACCGGAAAACAUUCCUCCUUCAGGUGGGGGAGAAGACGACAUCGUAACAAAGUAAACAGAGCGAGCAUUGAGUUUCUAUACGCACAUAACCUCGUACGAGCGCGCGUGGGAGAACCGCCGUUAGAAUGGGAUGGAAGAUUAGCGGCGUAUGCACGUGCGUGGGCGAGACAGCGCGUCGGAGACUGCAGGCUUGUUCACUCGAAUGGUCCGUUCGGAGAAAACAUAUUUUGGGCCGGACAGAAUAACUGGAGGCCCAUUGAUAUCGUCAAAGUGUGGGCCGAUGAAAAUAAGUUCUACGACGUUAAUGGUAACACGUGUGAGCCGGGGCAAAUGUGUGGACACUACACGCAGAUCGUGUGGAGAGAUAGCACGAAGGUUGGGUGCGCACGUGUGGAUUGUUCAAACGGCGGCCUUUAUGCGAUUUGUGUUUAUAACCCACCGGGAAAUUUUGAAGGUGAAAACCCAUUUGUAAGUUAUCACGACCAGAUUGGUCUUCUUCGGGAAGAACCACCGGCGGUUGUCGUUAAUCCAUUUUAACUCGAAAAUGGCGCGAAAGCUGAGGACACCAUGGUUCUGCAUUUUUAGUUGUUAAUAUUUCUUUUUAUUCGCAGUAUUAUUAUUAUUUUUGGAAAAAACUUAUCUUGGGU